AUGGAAGCGCCGUAUCCAGCGCAAUUGGUGGGCUGGGUGGUAUGGGGUAAGGUUAAGUCACUGCCAUGGUGGCCUGGGCAGGUGAUGCACCCAAGCAAGGGGCCACCGGAGGUCCGCAAAAUGGCCGCGAUGAAGUCCAACGCUGCCAAGCUACUCGUCAUGUUUUUAGGAGAUAACAAAUAUGCAUUUUUACCCUGGGAGAGCGUUGUGGAUUUUUCAGAGCAUAAGGAGCGCCAUUCAAGUACCAAUUACGCGAGCAAGUAUUGGAAGCUUGGUGUCGAAGAAGCAGAGGAGCUUCUUGCACGUCGGGCUGGCUUGCAGCCUUCCACCGACCAUCAGCCGGUCGAUUUCGCAACGAAGAAGACCAAUUUCAGCAAUCUAGCCAAGGCGUGGGUGGGUGGAUCAGGAUCCACUGGAAGGCAGCAAUGCAGCUCAGGCGCGGCAGGACGGACAACUGAGCGGAACAAGGCGAGCACGGCUCAGCUAGAAGCCUCAAAAAUAGGCGCUCCGUCCGCCACAACGCCUCCCGACGCCAAAGCGGCCGCUCACGCGACCAAGUCCCAACAUCGGGCGGGUGGAACGGCCACUGACGACGGCCGACCAAAGUCCAUCGGUGGCGUAAUGUUGGAAUGGGCGCGAUACAUGCCGCAAGUUGCUGCUACACGCAAGAGCGCCGAACUCUCCAGCAGCGAUGCCACCAUCCGGUUCGCCAGGCGCCUGGCACGGGGCGAGGAGCUGUCCGAGGUUAACCCGGACGACCAGCUCGCGUUGCAGCGGCUGCACUCAUUCGCGCUGCAGCAGCGUCUGCGUGGUGUGGAUGCCCUGGUGCGUCCGGCGACUGGCCUGACCGCCGCGAAUCCGGACGACGGCAGCAAGCCCGGUGCCGUUAUCACCCGACAGCAGCAGCAGGCAGGCGAUGUCGCUUGUUUUGGUAGCAGCGCCGGCGCUGGCGGAGACUUAAAGGACGCUGACAGUGCAAGCUCUGGGCCGCUUUCACCCCGGGGGCCCCCUCGCCAUGCAGCCUCUGGUCUGGUGGCCACGACGCAGCCUGUGGUAGUGCAGGAGACGUUUACAAUCAGCGACGCCGCAGCAGUGCCGGUACCUGCGCGUGUGGUGGAGAUGCUGCUGAAGAGCCUUACAGGGCCAGCUGCGGUGACCGAAACAGCAGCACCAGGAGGCACGGCAACGUGCCCGUCGCCCCGUGCUAGGCGGGCCGCAGCUGGCAGCGGCGCUGGCGGUGGCGGCGGUUCGCCUUCUCCUGAUGAGGCAAGGACUACGGGAACUGAUACGGGCGCCGCUGGCGUAGAGGUGAAGCCCACGGGCACUGCCGAUGGUGAUGAUGGUGAUGGUGAUAAUGGCGGGAAAGCGGCUGAUGCGCAGGACGCCGCCGCAGCGGCAGAGCGAGCUGGCAGCCCUGCAGCGGCAGGCGGUGCGGAUGGCGGGCUGCAGCCGGCGGCGGUAGUUUCCCUGCAGGGAGGCGGCGCUGCGGUGGCUGAUUCAGCGGAGGAGGAGACCAUUCUGGAGGUGGAUGUGGCGCUGCGGGUGAACGGGAAGUUGCUACCUUACCUGUCCGUCGGGGAGCAGCUGCUGCUGCGGACGAGGAGGAGUAGUAGUAGCAGCAGCAGCCCACGGCCUGGAACUCAGCAAGAGUUAGGUGGCGGCAGCGGCGACGGCGGCUCCACGCCGCAGCGCCCGGUAGCGUUGAGCUCGAUUGCAAAGCGCCCUGAGCAGCAGCGGCAUGGACAGCAGCGGCAGUCGGGUCAGUCGGCGGCGCUCAUGUCAAUGGGCGACGCUGCAGAGAUCCCUACGCCGGCGCCAGCAGCCGAAAUUACUGUUGCUGCUGCUGCGGCGGCGGCGGCGGCGGCUUUCGUGAAGGAAGUUGACGGGAUGCCGGCGGCGGCGGCGGCGGCUGCGACGCGCGAGAUGUCGCCAUCUGACGGUCCUCACCCCGGGGCCCGGCCGCACGAGGGUGGCCGGCAGGCGCCAACGCAGCCGCUGGGGCAGCAACAACAGGAGCAGCAGCAGGAGAAGCAGGGGGUGGCGGAGACGGUGCCUGCUGCGUGCGCACCUGCUGGUGCCGAUGCGGAUAAUGCAGCGCCGAUGACGGAGGCGCCCUCGGCAGCGGCGGCUGCGGCGGUGGCAGCAAAUCCAGCGGCAGUGCAAGGCACUCCUGGCGCGCCAGCUCGGGCCGAAGACCAAGCCGCGUUGUGCCCCUCCCCGGUACCAGUCUCGCCACCGCCAACCGCCGCUGCCCCCAAUAGCCCUCCCGCCGCCGCCGCCGCCGCCGCUAUCUCCAACGCGGCGGCAACCAUAGACCUUUCCCGCAGCUUAGCGCCCUGGCUGCGCGGUGAGGUUCGGGUUACCUGCUGGACGGUGUGUGCCCCACGGCUGCUGCUGGUGGCCGUGUCGGCAGACCGCAAGCGCGACGGCGGCCUUGGCGGCAUUAAGCGUGAGGCGCGGCUGCUGCUGGCGGAGGCCAAGGAGCGCCGCGCCGCCAGCCCAGGAGGGCCCGAUGACGACUUGGCGGAGGGUGCCGGCGGUGAGCAGCAGUUGAAGCGGCGACUGCGCUCCGCUACGUCGCCGCCAGCGCCGGCGGCAGUUCAGGCGCUAGGCCAGUCGCCGGCGUCGGGGUCGGCGGGCGGUACGGGACGUAAAAGCUCGCCGCCGCCGCCGCCGUUGCUGCAUACCGGUACGGCGGCGGCGGCAGUGGUGCAUCAAGGGAAGGCACAGCAGCAGCAGCACCAGGCGGAGGCGGCGAAGGCGGCCGGAGGGCUUCCCCAGAUUUCCGCCACUGGUCCCGCUGCUGCAGCGCUGAUGCGGUCCAGGCUACUGCAGCAGAAACGGCAAGCCAGCGCAGCAGAGGCAGCAGCAGUUGCUGCUACUGCGGGUGCUGGCAGCGGAAACGGCGGUGCCGGCACGGGGGGAACACAACAGCCGGGAAGCGAUGCGUCCAAAAGUGCCUCAAGCGCCGGCGGCGGCGGUGGCACAGACACGCGCCCGUCGAAAAAAGUGAAGUUGGUGCGUUUUCCAGGGCCGCCAGUCGGCGGAAACGUCGCGGCACCGUGCUCGGCUUCGCGUGUCAGCAGCGGCGGGCUGCCCGCGGCGGCGGCCGCUGCAGCAGCGGCGGCGACGGGGGCGGCGGCGGCCCCUGCAGGUGGCGCAUCUGCGCAAACAGAUGGUUCCGGAGCGCCUGCGGCGCGGCGGCGCGUGUCGUACAGCCAAUUGAUGUUAAACAGUGGCGGCGAUGCCCUUGACGACAGCCAGCGGUACGGCGGCGGCCGCGGCACGGGGGCGUCCGCAACGGGUAACGCGGGGUACAGCUGCAGCAGCUACGAUGCUGAUUGGGAGCUGUCGUACCCGCCUUGGCUGCCGCAGCCAGCGCAAAGAGGGGCCUUCAUUACCGUGUCGCACCUCCUGCUCAACAAGAACAGGCCGACCCAGAACCACCACAGCCACCACAGCCACCAAUUCCAGACGCACAAGGCCGACCAUGUCCCAGGUAACUACCACCGUAACCACCAGCACAACGCCCCUCAGCAGGUGGUGCUGCAGGGCGCUCGAGGGAACGCCGCCACCACGGCGGCGGCGGCGGCGGGUGGUCAGCUCAGCCACAGCACCUUCCGACAGCCCAACUACAACCACAGCUACAACCAGCACCAUCAUCACCAUUCGCACCACCAUCAUCAUCACCAUCACCACCACGAUGGCCAGCAUACCAUCCACCCGAUUGCCAGCCCGCGCAACAACGGUGGCGGCGGCGGCGGUCGCGCCGGAUCCCGUCGUUCAUCCGGCCACGACGCCUGGCAACGGGACGAAACCGAGGAGCUGCCGUACCCGGAACGGCGCAUGGACGGCUGGUCGUCGGAUGCCGGUACGGCCUUGGAUAUCGAGUACGGAACGGGCGCAGCUUCCGCUGCGGCGUGGCUGUCCACGUCGGCGUAUGGCGUUGCGCAAGCCCCGACGUCGGGGACAGUACCGCCGCCGCCGCCGCCGCCGCCGCCGCCGCCGCUUGGCGGCGGCGGCUCCGUCACGGAUGCUUCCGUCAGCACCGCGCCCGCGGGUUUCGGAGCGUGCGAACAGAUCCUGCUGGACAUCCGCGUGGGUGACGAGACCGACGCGGAGGGGCCGACGGAUCCUCAGCGGCGACUCAGCGGCGGCGGCGCCCCAGGUGAUGCCGCAAUCGCCGUCACCAUUCACCUGCCGCCGCGGGACACCGCCGCCACUGCCGUACCUCCACCUGGAGCGCCGCCGCCGCCACUCAUGGUUGGCGCCAGUUACGGCUCGGUUACGGCAGGUUACCUGCCGCUGCCUCACAUAACAUCAUAUGUCGACUUGGCUGUGGCGGCGGCGAUUCUGGCAGAUCGCCACAUGUACGUCUGUGAGUCCGCGGCGCUGAAGCCGAAUGGCGCGGCGGAGACGGAGGCGCAGCAGCCGCAGUCGGGAGCUACAGCUGCCGGCGAGGGCGCCACUGUGGGCGCGGCUGCUGAAGGUGUCAGCGGCGGCGGCGCUGUCGCGGCGGCAGCUGCGCGCCCGACACUGUGCGAGGGCGAGGUGGUUCGCCUCCGACAGGAGUGCGAUACGCUACGGGAGCAAGUAAAGCUCAGGCUGGCUCCAGGAUCUCUGGACCCUUUGCCGCAGCAGCAGUUGCCGUAUGCGGAGCUCGUGGCGCAGGUUUCGGAGCGCAUCCUGGCGCUGGCGCUGCAGCUGCCGUCGCUGUCCGGUCCCACCAAGCAGACCUUCAUUCAGUACAGCCGUACACUCAUGCAGGAAGCGGCGGCCUGCAGCCAGGAGACAACCGUCAUGGCGACAAUGGCGACAUCGGCGCCACCACAGGCGGCGGCGGCGGCGGCGACAGCCGUAUUCCCCGCCGAUGACGGAGUCACGCCCGCCGUCCCCGCCGCGGCGUCCUCCGCGUCCUCCGUGUCGUCAGGUCGCAGUCUGGCGGUUGCCCGUGUGGCGGCGGACUUGGUCCGCAGCGCCGCCGCCCCGGGGCUGCCGCUGCACCCGGAGGACCGCUGGGCCUUUAUUAACCUGGCGGCGGAGCUGCUGAGGCCCUGA